CAUUCCAGAGCCAUUCCUCGCUGAGACCAGGACCAGGCAGAGCCUGCCUGCCUUGGAGGGGGCCGAGAGACGGGAGCUGGAGCAGAGAGCGAGCAGAGAAACCACCGACCCUGUUUAGGCCAUGGAAACGGGGAGCGCAGCCAGGACAAACGGCACCACCAGCAAGCCCGAGGACGUGAAGAGCCCAACUGCCCCCAAAAAAGAAGAGGAAGCCAAGAAGGCCACGAGCCCUGGCGGAGGCGAGAAAGAAGCUAUAAAAGGCACGGGCGGUGCUGCCUUGGAGACAGGGCAAAUCAAGAGCUCCCUCUUCUCUGGGAGUGACUGGAAGAGGCCCAUCAUCCAGUUUGUGGAGUCAUCUGAUGAGAAGAGGUCAACCUACUUCAGCAUGGACUCGGCAGACUCCAAGAAGAUGCAGUUCACCAGCGGCCAGAUCGGAGACAUGAGGAGACCAGCCCUGAACUUCCCGGAGAAGGGCGACCUCAGGAAGUCCCUCUUCUCCUUGGAUUCCAAAAAGAGCUUCCUGCCCGCUGACGGGGAAGGGAGGAAGUCCCUGUUCUCCGCGGGGCAGAUGGGGGAGCUGAAGAAAUCUUCCCUGCCUCUGGUGGAGACGGGGGACCUGAGAAGACCCUUCAACAAGGCCGACAGAGCCGCGGGCUCCCGGCCCCGCGUGAAGCUCGAGGACGUUCUCUGCGACUCCUGCAUCGACAACAAGCAGAAGGCUGUGAAGUCCUGCCUGGUGUGCCAGGCUUCCUUCUGCGAGCUGCACCUCAAGCCCCACCUGGAGGGAGCGGCGUUCCGGGACCACCAGCUCCUGGACCCCAUCAGGGACUUCGAAGCCAGAAAAUGCCCUGUGCAUGGCAAGACCAUGGAGCUGUUCUGCCAGACAGACCAGAUGUGCAUCUGCUACCUCUGCAUGUUCCAGGAGCACAAGAACCACAGCACGGUGACAGUGGAGAUCGAGAAGGCGGGGAAAGAGACCGAGCUGUCGCUGCAGAAGGAGCAGCUGCAGCUGAAGAUCAUCGAGGUGGAAGAUGAGGUGGACAAGUGGCAGAAGGAGAGGGACCGCAUCAAGAAUUACACCACCAACGAGAAAGCCACGGUGGACCAGCACUUCAAGGAGCUGAUCCGUGACCUGGAGAGGCAGAGGGAUGAGGUGAAGGCUGCCCUGGAUCAGAGGGAGAAGAUCGCCUCGGAGAACGUGAAGGAAAUCGUGGAUGAGCUGGAGGAGAGGGCGAAGCUGCUGCGGGAGGACAAGGAGAACAGGGAGCAGAUCCACCAGAUCAGCGACUCCGUGCUCUUCCUGCAGGAAUUUGGGGCUCUGAUGAGGAAUUACGUGCCCCCUCCGUCCCUCCCGACCUACAGCGUGCUGCUGGAAGGGGAGAGCAUGAGCCCAUCCAUGGGGCUGCUCAGGGACGACCUCCUCAACGUCUGCAUGAGGCACGUGGAGAAGAUCUGCAAGGCAGACCUGGGCCGCAACUUCAUCGAGAGGAACCACAUGGAGAACGGGGACCACCGGUUCAUGAUGAACAACUACGAGUGGAACCAGCCCGACAACCUGAAGAGAUUUUCCAUGUUCCUGUCUCCCAAAGCCAAUUUCAACCCACGGUCAUGGGAAUUUUCCUCCUUCCAAGCGACCGAGGAAACACUUGUAGGCAAUGGCACUAAGCUGCCUUUUCAGUUCUCCUCGGUGGGACAGAAUCCGCCCGGUGACUUCAGCAAACAGUCUGAUGGGAGCCUCUUCACUAAGACCGCCUACCCUUCCAUAGUGAGGCACCAGUCUGCAAAGGUGACGCCACAGACGUGGAAAUCCUCCUCCAAGCAGUCUGUAUUGUCCCACUACCGCCCCUUCUACGUCAACAAAGGCAACGGAGCCACCUCCAACGAGGCGCCCUGAGCUGCUGCGGACGCGGGGAGAGCCGAGCGGAUUUCCACGGAUGUAGCUGCUCCCCUGCCACCCCCCUGCUGCCCUCUCUGCCAGGGCAGGGCAGGCAUGCCCCGUCCCCUCCUUGUCCCCUCCCUGUCCCCAGCUGCUCUGCCCCUCCUGGGAAUUGCGGACGCUUGGGUGGCACCCCCUGCUCGGCAGCUGUCCCCUUGUCCCCAGAGCUGGCUGUUCCCAGAGCUCUUCCCAGGCUCCAGCUUCUCCUGUGCCUCCCCACCCUGGGCACACCCAGCUCCCGCUGGGAUCAUGUCCCCUGGUGGGAUGUCCCCAGGGUCCUCUAUCAGCUCAGCUCUGCUGCUCACCUGCCAAAAAAAAAAAAAACCCCAGCAGGAUUUCCCCAGAGCUGCUGGAGGAGGACAGGGAGGCUUUCCAGCCCGUUCCAGUGCCCCUCCAGCCGCCUUUUCAAAUUAAGAAAUAAAAAGCAAAUCCAUCCUAGUAAUACAAGAUUGAUUAGAUGCCAUAGGUGCUGGGUGCUUUUCUAGUUUGUGGUGGUUUUUCUUAAUUCCCUUAAACCAAAAUUGAUUUAUAUACUGUAGUUUGUGUAUUUUAUAUCUUUUUUUUUUUUUCCCCUGGAGUGGGCAAUGAGAAUUACUGCCACAGCUUUUUUUGCUCAGGAUAAUAUUUUUGUAUUUGUCCCCUGGACAGAUGAAUCACAUUCAGGGCUGGAGAACCAUUCCAUGAUCUCCCUGAGGUGAUUUUUCCCCUCCGUGGACAAGCUGGGGGGUUCAGUCCACGCCGUGCAGGGGGAGAAAUGGGAAUAAGAGCCCUCAAAUGGUGAAAACCAAGAACUAACAGCUCCUUUUCACCGUUUGCUCUAUUCAAGCAGUUUUGGAAUGGCUUCCCCCCACUUUUUCCUGCUUGCAGCACCUUGCUGAGGGAGGUCCCACCUGAAAAUUCCUUCCUGGCUCAUCCCUUUGCAAAGACACUCAUGGCUUUUUAACCCAACACCUCAUCCAAAACUCCUAGGGCUGAAUUUUGAUCGCUCCAGAGCACUUGAAAUGUCACUUUAUGAUGAUUUUUAAUUUUUUUUUUCUCCCAUAAAGACCAGAGGGGGAAGGGGCUGGCGUGGUAGGGCAGGAUGUGACAAAAGGGAUGUGAAAAAAGGGAUGGAAUUGCUGGGAAAAGCACUGAGGGGUUUCAGGAUGUGUACGAAAGGAUAAAAUCAGCCCCCUCUGGUCUCACUGCUUUGCCCUUGAGCAGAUCCAGUAAAACCUUCCACCACCUCCUUUUUAUGCUCCAAAACAUGUAAAUGUUUUUCCUCCUUCUCCUCAGCUUGGGUGUUAAAAUUCCCCCAUCCCUGAGCAAGGCUGUGUGGUGCCAGCUGGAACCUGCCUGAGGCCACCACUGUCCCUUUCCUCCCGCUGUCCCCUCUGUGCCCCCACAGCCUCUUUGCUCCCUUUCCCCUCCCCAGGGGCCUCCCCAGCCCUUGCACACCCAAAUUCCCACAAGGAAUGGAGCUGCUCCCUGUUUGCCUCAGCCCUGGAGACGCCAGGACCCCGCUGGGGUCCCCCUUUUCCCCCCGGGAUGGGGCACACCCCAGCCCUGUGGCACCUCUGCUUCCCGGGGGGUUUUGGGGUGUGCAGGAACUGUUUGGAUCCUGUCUCGGUCAGCAAAGCCAGAGAGAUGACGAUGAUGAUGACGAUGACGAUGAUGAUGAUGAUGAUGAUGAUGAUUCCUCCUCAGACAGGACACCUGAUGUAAACGAGGCCCCUCCCGUGGGCACCACACUGCAGAAAUAAAGGAGAAAGCUCCAUGUCUGACCAAAACCAA